AUGGUGGCGGGGGAGCUGGAGGCUGCGGCAGGAGAGCCAGCGGAGGCUCUGCAGCGCCUGCCGCUGCUGGCGGCGCUGUUGCUCUGCUGCACCGUGGGACAGGCCGACCAGGCCGGGGUGCCCCCUGCCCUUCGCCUCUUCUCCUCCCCCUCUCGCUUUGACUUCCUGGACAGCCCGCUGUGGCAGGCACGCAUCGAGGCAGCGGUGCAGGCUGCUCCAGAAGUGUCGGCAUGGUUGGAGGAGCGGCACAGCUCUCCCACAUACACGGAUGCCGAGCAGGAGUGCCGGUGGUGCAGGGAGGAGCUCAAGUGCCAGCUCAAGAUGUAUGGCUUGCUGACCAGGUUUCUGGUGCAGUCGCGCCCCGAGCUGCUGCUGCAACGCCACAACCGGCUGGCUGACAGUGCAGGCACGGCCAGCCACCCCGCCGGCAGCAACCCAAACCAGUCGCUGGGCCAGCACCUGUCUACCAGCCUCCUGCACGUGCUGCUGCACCUGCAGCACAACCGCACCUUUGCCGCGCUGCGCCAGUCAGCGGCACUGGCUGAGCAGCUGGGGUGGCGGUGGAGCGGCACACACCUGACUGCGCUGGGCCACGGGCACCAGCCCUGCUGGGACCAGCUGGCCCUCCUGCGCGUCUUCAUGCUCUACGACUUUUUGUCGCACCAGCUCAACUUUGGCGCGCUGGAGGAGGAGUGGCAGGAGCACCUGAAUGUGCUAUUCAUGCAGUCCAAGGAGCAUGCCCUGCCCUGGACCGUGGAGGGCAACCUGGAGCUCGCCAGCAGUCCGGAGCCCCGGGGUGGACACAUGUGGAGCACCUCUGUGCAGUGGGCGGUGCCCAAGCUGUGGUUCGACAUCAGCGAAUACAUUUCCACACCCGAAGAGCCCCAGUGGCACCACGCCGAGUCCAGGGCAUUCGUCGCGGCGGGGUAUGCCUGGUAUCCUAUCGUCCAGGCCUUGCACAAGGAUGUGGCUUUCGGCGUGCGCCUGUGGGCGCCGCCAGAGCACUGCGGCCAAGAGUUGGUGUUCAAUGUGUCCUUCGUUGUACAGCCGGGAACGGGCUCGGGCGCGACGGGCUGGAACGCAAGCUGGCUGUGCGCCUGGCCCGAGAGCUUUGACGAGAUGCUGGUCUGCAGCGCCCCCAAGGCCAUGCCGCUGUGGCGCAUGCUGACUGGCAGCCUGCCGGGCUAUGUCGAGCAUGAAGAGCUGCUGCUGUCUGUGACCGUGGGCCUGGCGGGAGAGGACUGCGUUACCAAGCACACCCGAUACGACAGCUUCAGCAUGCCCUCCGAAGCGCGGCUGGCGGCCAGCGAGGAGUGCCAGCGUGCCGAGAGGAGCCUGCUGGGCCCGCUGCACCAGGACAACAAGCCCCAGGCCAUGCUGGCAAGCCCCAUCAUCAGGUGGGGAUUCCUGCGCGGUCACCCCGGCCUGCGCGGCCUGCACGGCUUCGAGAGUCGGCGCCUGCCCGGCAGCGGCGCGCAGGGGGUGGGGCGCCAGCUGGCGGCGGCCGCCGCCGAGCGCCUGGCCAGCACGCCCUGGGUGGAUGCCGCCCAGUAUGCCGACCCUGUGGCCGAGACGGCACUGGCACAGGCGGCACACCUGGUGGAUCCUGCCGCCACCGGCAGCUGCGGGCUGGGGAGGGCAGAGCCAGCUGGGUAUGAGGAGGAGGAGGGUUUCUGCGAGGCAGACGUGUGGGAGGAGGAGCCAGACGUGCCAGCCAGCCAUCUGGCCAAUGCGCUGGCGGCGCUGGGCCUCCUCGCCGCCCCCCUGGCAGAGCGUCCGACUGAGGGCGAUGCAUCCCAGGUAGCCAGCAGCAGCGCUGUGGCUGCCCAGGCCGAGGCAGCAGCACCGGCAGACCCUGCCGCGAUCUCUGAGCCAGGCGCAUCCGCGGCUGGCCCCGCUGGGCAUCCAGCAGCAGACGCUGCGGCUGUGCCGUCGCCGGCAGAUGCCAGCGGCGAGGCCGGCCCAGCCAACAACUCGGCCAGCGCCGACGACAAUGCGGAAGCUGAGGAGGCGACGGCAGACGCCAUCCUGUCCGCGCCAGCCACAGCCGCAGCCGUACCACCGCCAGUGGUGGCGCACGCAGUGGCCCCGCCCCCGCCACCUGUGCUGCUGCCUCUCCCGCAGCUGCCUUCCCUGAGCGACAUCCUGGAGGCCAUGCUGCCACCCCAUGCAGCGGCAGAGCUUCCCAGCGAGUUUGGCUGGCAGGACGGCGGCGCAGCCUCGCCGACAGCCUAUCAGCGGGAGGCGCCGGCCGACAGCGUCCAACCGCUGCAUGUUGAAGCGCCGGUGGCAGUCGGUGGCGGCGCCAGCAGCAGCUGGAGCGCCGCCGCGCCCACUCCUGCUGAUGCGGGCGACGCUGGGCAAGGCGAGUCAGACAGCUGGGAGUGCAUCGUUUGCUGGGAGGAGCGGCGAGGCGUAGUGCUGAUCCCCUGCGGCCACAUCGCCUUGUGCCGCGGCUGCGCCGACGGCCUCAUGGCCUCCAAGCAGCCGCUGUGCCCCGUCUGCCGCGCCGGCGUCUCAUUUGCACAGACUUUCUUUGCUGCCUGA